CUUCUUGUCACAGAGAAAGAUUUGAAACUCACUCCAUUGCCUUUUAGCGUAUGUGGAGGCUGAAGGAGGAACAUCCCGAGUACUAAAGGUACAAGCGGAUGUUCGAGGAAGGAUGGCUUCACCUAGGCACAAUCCCCACCGUCACCGCCAUCUACCUCGCUAGCAAACCCGAGUUGCAAAACUCCUACCGUGGCCAACGCUUCGACAAGUGGAGGAAAAAAUGGGGCGAUGGGAUGUUCAAGGAGCGCUUCCAUGGCACUGCCCGGCUGUGCAACCUUGGAGACUCUGGCGCUGAACCGUGGCGGUGUCGUCAGCCCGGGUUAGCACUACCCCGGCGACAGAACCUGAACCCGCCAUGGUGCCGCAGACGCCAUCGGGUUACACAUACAGUUCUUAUUACCCAUCGAUGACAUGGACAUGCGGAAGUUGCGGGUGUGGGUGCUCGCCCCCUUCCUUGCCCGUAGGGCACCCCUGAGAAUCUAGGUACAGGUACUCAA